AUGGCCACUUCAUCUGCGUCUCUCGUGGUCUCCCCAAUCAGCAAACUCCCUCCCGAGAUUCUAAUCCAGAUCUUUAUUGUCGUCGCUGACGGGCGCGGGCAGAAAUCCUCGGACAGGUUUCGCUCCGGACAACGGGGUCUGCCACCAUCCUUCCUUUUGACCCACGUCUGUCAGCACUGGAAAGAAGUCGUUCUGAACUGUCCAGCGCUCUGGACGAAAAUCGAAUUCCCCUCCUCUAGAUGUUCUGCGGAAAUGAUAGCGCGCUCCAGAGGGGCACCCUUGAAAUUCGCAGCCGCCAUGGACGGUUUAUGGGCACAGCGAUAUCGGACUACUUCAUCAAAAGAUGUUCAGGCUGCUCUACAGCAUGUUUCCCAUAUACAGGAACUAGACCUUACCCACAAAAGCCAAGACUUGUCAAAUUUACUCCGAACGAUGACAUCUCCUGCCCCCGUUCUGGAGAGUCUGUCGUUGCGAGUCUCCAAGUCCGGACUAGCCUUGGAGGGCCUGACAGGGUCUACAUUUGCCGGAGUGGCACCUAAACUGCGCUCUCUGCUGCUCGCCCGCUGCAAUUUCGCAAAUUGGGAUGUGCCGCUUCUGAAAAACAUUGUCCAUUUCCGCUUCUACGAUGUCACAAGACGAUCUGACAUCGUGAGCUAUCUCGCGAUGUUGAAAGGCAUGCCUAAGCUCGAACGACUGUUCGUUGUGAACGCCUUUGCCGCCCUACCACAAGAACUCGUUUCUGAACGCAAAAUAAUGGAUAGACCAAUCCUGACAAUGCCGCACCUCUCUCGAUUGUCGAUUAAAGCCGUCGACCCGGCUGCAUCGAACGCCUGGGACAUUGCCUAUAUAUUGGUCCACCUCUCUUUACCUGCCCUAUGUCACAUCGAUAUCACUGUUGACAUGUCCGAAGGCGACCUCCGCAAUUUUCGGUCCCUCUUACCGAUCGUAGCGCAUCAAUUCCAUGGGCCACAGGAUAGCCCCCCUAUCCGGGCGGUCGCCAUCGCUGGCCUCGAAGGCUUGAGCAGUCGUGAGAACGGCUAUGUAGCCGUCACGGGCUGGGCCAACGGCGAGGACACUCGUUUGUCACAGUUAUUCAACAAUCACUGCGCCGAAACAGACGACUCUCGCUUCCGCUUCUGUUUCGAGAAGGUCGACGACGACAACGGUACCCGGAAUCUCACAGCCACUCUCUCCGCUUUCCCCCUCUCUCAUAUCCUUCUUCUCGCCGUCGACUCUAUUGGCGACCUCCACCACGCGUCGUGGUGGACUGAUACCCACGUCCUCUUUCCUUCGCUGAACCGGCUCUACAUUAAAGGCCGCGAGGCGUUCCGAACAUUCUGCUACGCCUUCGUCACGAACAAGACCGCCCCCGCCAUGAACCUCGAUAAAGGAACCCCACUCGCCGCGCACAGAUUCAUGAAGCAUCCGGAGAAGAGGACGGAGUUCUUUGAUGUUCCGGGCACUCUCCAGGACCUCAUAUUCCCCGGGUUGCGAACUCUCACGAUGGUUGACGUUGAAUUUGAGGUGAAAGAAUUUGCGGAUCUGUUUAUCGAGGCGUUGGUGGUGAGGAGGGAGCUUGGAGUUGGGAUACAAAGGAUAGAGUUCACGGGGGGUCGAUUCAAUGUGGCGUACGUGGAGAGGUUCAGGGAGGUCGUUCCUGUGGUUACAUGGGAAGGGAAGGAGAUGGAUAUGGAGGGCGUUGUAGACUAUCGCUGGUUGGAUGUGGAUAGCGACGGAGGCGAGGUUAAGGAUAAUGAGUCGGAGAUCAUGGAUCGUGAUGAGAACGGUGUAUGA